UGGAUUUUUGCCCUUCAUCUAACCGUAGUUCAACGCAUGCGCAUUAGGAAUUUUAUGUGACGCCUGAUUCGGUGCAAUAGUGUUGUUCACGUAAAGUCUUUGUAGUUUGAGGGAAAGCAGUACACAUUUCUACACAUAUCUUAUUUUUUAUUGAUUUCAUGGCUCUCAGGGGUUGUUGGAGAUACGCUGGUGUAAUACCAAGGUUGUUGUUGUUGAACAGUGAGGGCGUUCAUGUUGCCUGUCUCUCAACAAGACCACUGGGAAGCCUUCCUCACACUCGCUCCUCUAUUUCAGAUGUGCUGCCUACUAAAUGGUCAAUACGCAAUUUGAGCUCCACAACAAACACAGAUGUGAGCUACGAUCAGCUCAAACAGGAUCUUGCUGGUCGGACUGCUGUGGUCAUAGAUGUCCGGGAGCCGUGGGAGCUUAGGGAGUAUGGCACCAUCCCAGGGUCCAUUAACGUUCCUCUGGCCCAAGUAGAUGCCGCCCUCCAACUUAACCCUGAAGACUUCAAGGAGAGGUAUGGAGGUGAUAUGCCAGAGCCGGCUGAUAAGAUCGUCUUCUCCUGCCUUGCUGGCAUCAGGAGCAAGAAGGCGCUAAACACGGCCGCACUGCUGGGAUACAAAGAUGUUCUGCAUUACCCUGGUGGAUGGCAAGAAUGGGCACAAAAUGAGCAGCUUAAACCUAAUUGAUAGUGCGUGAACUGCAGUGCCAUAUGGCAAUUUCCUUCACGCAUCGCUCACCAAUGUUAAGGUUUAACGUGACUAUGAAUGUCCGUGGCCAGGACUGUCCGGGCACUUCACGAAUGCCUCAUCUCAGUGACUAAAUUCUGCUUAAAAUGCCAAGAAAAUCCUGUUUCAAUAUGACGGAAUACACCACUCCGAUCAGUCUAUAUGUUGGUGCCUCAAUACUGAAAAUGAAAGCGUAUUUGGCAAAGUCAUUAUUUGCUUGCAAUAAAGCAGUAACGCUUA